AUGGUUUCACUUGCUGGCUUACCUGACCAUGCAUUGCAACUUGUUUUCAACAAUAUCAAUCAACACCAGGCCAUCGCACUUGCACCCUUACAUUCAAAACUAUAUUUUACAGCAAAACGGAAGCUUUACUAUUACAUUUAUGUUUACGACAUAAAAGGUGAUGAAAGACUUGCAGGAGAAAUUGGUCGUCUGAGUGUUACUUGUGCACUUCCUGAUUUUAGGUUCCCCUGUUAUUUGAACAACCGCACCACCAACAAAUGUACCAUUGUUUCAGUCAAGACAGUUUCGAAAUAUUUAAAGCAAAUGGAUCCAAACCAGCCACUAUCGCAUUUGGUGUUCCAACAUACACAUGUCUCCUUGUUUGAUAAAAUCAUCAAACAUUUCAAAUCUAUCAAAUACUUUAUUGUUAACUACCUUAAUGUUCAUAGAUACAAUAGCAAGUGCUACAACAGUACUUUUGGUAGGUAUCGCGUUUUUGAUCAACUGUCCAACAUAACUGCGCUUCACGAGAGGUUCCAUAUCAUUGGCGAUACAUGCCUAUAUACCCACGAGUCAUCAGCGGUAACAUGUUGGGUUACCGAGAGCUAUUGGGAUUCAUCAUUGCAUUAUAAAAAUGUUUACGAACGUAUUGAGGUUGAUAUUACACGUCCUCUGAAAAUGAGAAAGUUGCAUGUAGUGGUUCUGGGCCAGAAUGAGUCUUUGUUCAAGAUCACCCAGGUGUACAACACCUUUCUCCUUUGUGAAUUGUUUAUUACCUGUUUCACAUACUUGGAUACCUUUUUCACCAACUUUCAAUUAGAUGCUGAUUAUCCUAGCCUAAUUGUGUUAGGGUUGAGCCAAAGAGUUGUAUUUAUGUUGGACAAGAUGAAAGGCAAGAGGAUUACUCAAUUAUCGCAUCAAACGGUGCGGCACGUGAUUAUUGGCACAGACUUUGUGACUGAAAAGGUUGCAAAAGAAGUUUGUGAGCUUAGUUUGCAAUUUCCUAAAGCAAGUAUCAAUUGGAGUAGCGCUUUGCUAUGUGCAGACAAUAUGGCGUAUCUAAUUGAACAAAUUUUUAGGUUCAGCCAUGUUAUGCCAAAAGGAUUCAUAGGGAUACUUUGGACUCCUAAAUCUAUCAAGUACAUGGAGCCCAUACAACUGAAAUAUUUGGUUGGUGAAAAAGACAAUGAGCAUACUGUAGAGCUUGUCAAAUACUAUUCCAAUACUGAACUAAUGCACUUGAUGACAAUUUAUCGUGGUAAGAACUGUUUAUAUUAUUAUUAA